UUCUCACACAUACGUUUCAUUCCUCCUCCCUCCUUCGUUCAUUGCUUCUGUACAUAGACUGAGAAGAAUUUCAUGCCGGAAGUCAUUGAGCGUAACUCUGGGUGAACUUUAGUGUGCGGAAAGUAGUGACCAAGGAGGACCAAGGAUGGAACCCAUUUCAAUCGCUAUGAUCGCAGACUUUUUUCAUCCGGACGUCGGCGGAGUCGAGAACCAUAUCUAUAUGCUCAGUGCUAAUCUUAUUCGUCGAGGGCAUAAAGUCAUCGUCAUAACACACAGUCGUCCUCCAGAUCGCGUCGGAAUUCGAUGGCUUCUUCCCGCUUUGAAAGUAUACUAUCUUCCGAUAGUUCCUAUCGCAUCUGGCGCCACUCUACCCAAUUUUUUCACGUUCCUUCCUUACCUCCGUACCAUCUUAAUUCGGGAGCAUAUCAAUCUUAUUCACGCCCAUGCUAGUCUUUCGUCGCUAGGUCAUGAAGGAAUAUUACAUUCACAUUUAUUGGGUGUUCGCACCGUUUUCACGGAUCAUAGCUUGUUUGGAUUCGAAGAUGCUGCGAGUAUCUUGACAAAUAAGCUCUUAGCUGGAACAUUGAGGAAUGUUGAUGCAGUCAUUUGCGUGUCGCAUACUGGACGAGAGAACACUGUACUUCGAGGAGAAUUAUUCAGCCAAUCCGAUGACCACCCUCCACGAUUGGUCGUGAGUUCGAAUGUCUAUGUCAUCCCAAAUGCUAUCGUUGCAGAGCGCUUUCAGCCUGGCCCGCUGACAUUAAGCGAUACGAUCACUAUCGUAGUGCUCUCGCGUCUUGCGUAUCGUAAAGGAAUAGAUCUGUUGGUUGCUACCGCGCCACGCAUAUGUGCUGCCUUUCCAAAUAUCAAGUUCCUCGUCGGCGGUGAUGGGCCCAAACUGAUAGAUCUUCUGCAAAUGCGCGAAAAAUUCCUUCUACAAGAUCGCAUUGAACUUUUGGGACCAGUCAAGCAUAAUGACGUUCGGUCGGUCCUCAUUAGAGGCUCUAUCUUCAUUAAUACCUCACUAACCGAGUCAUUCGGCAUCUCCAUCCUAGAAGCAGCCUGUGCCGGACUCUACGUCGUAAGCACCAAGGUAGGAGGUGUCCCAGAAAUUUUACCCGAGGACAUGAUCAGCUUUGCUGAACCAGAUGAAGAUGACGUAUUCCGAGCCAUCUCUGAAGCGAUCAGCAUUGUUUCUGCGCGGAAACACGAUCCUUUCAAAGCUCACGAGCGUAUCAAGACGUUUUACAACUGGGCUCAGAUAGCUGAACGUACAGAGAAUGUGUAUGAUACUGUGAUGAAGUCUGAACAGCGGGAAUUAUGGGACCGAAUUUUACGAACUAUGCAACUUGGGCGUUAUGCGGGACCUAUAUACACCAUCAUCCUACUUGUCGACUGUCUGUUUUUCCUCUUUUUGGAGUGGUGGAUGCCUAGGGAAAAUAUGGAUUUUGUGACGCAUCAUUGGGACCAUAGGCGAUUUGCUGCUAUUACUCGGCAGCAGGACCAAUAACUAAUAAGCUCAAUGACUGUAGAGGAUAUACCCUUCCGAUGUGAUACCCUAUCAAUAAUACUUAUGCGGAGGACAUAGAUCGGCUUUGGUUAUGGUCAGGUGGUGAAUUUUUAGUGUUUUUUUUUCAUCAAGAAUUCAGUAACCGGAUUUCAACCGAAGUCCGGGAGAAUAGAUAUAGAGUGUGGCGCUUGAACUUCGAGAAUCUUUAUAAAAUGAACAAGAUGACCUCAGAUUCACCGAAAUCAUUCCUUCUCCCUCUGCACCGUCACAGCUAUGCGUGUCUCCUCUUCCCUCCGUAAUAUAGGUAGAGUCGCCCCGUCAGCCGCUGUGGUCGAACGUG